AUGCAUAAUUUAUAUAUUAAAGAAUGUGAGGAAAAAAAUAUAUCACCAGUCAAACUUUCAACUUAUUCACAUGUGUUCAACACAAAGUUUAACAUAGGAUUCUAUGUACCCAAAAAAGACCAGUGUGGUUUAUGUGAAAAGUACAAUAAUAGUUCUGAUAUUGAAAAACAAAAUUUACAAGAUGAGCUUGAAGCACAUAAAAAUGAAACUAAAUUAUCAAGGUUUGAAAAAGAAAAAGAUAAGAAGCUAGCUAAGGAAAAUACUGAAAAGUAUAUGGUGUCUUGUUAUGAUUUGCAGAGUGUUCUAACUACUCCAGCUGCAAAAAUAUCAAACUUUUAUUAUGCUAGAAAAUUUGCCACCUACAAUUUAACUGUAUAUAGUUUAGGCGAAAAUGAAGCCAAUUGUUUUGUUUGGAACGAAGAUCAAGGUAAAAGAGGUGCCAAUGAAAUAUCUACAUGCAUUUACAAAUAUCUCAUACAGAAUUGUCUUCAGAAAGAUACUAUUUUUUAUUCAGAUAACUGUUCAGGACACACACAAAACGAAGGGGAUUCAGUACACUCUACAAUUGAAAAACAAAAAAAUAGGCUACUUAGAGGAGGGUCAAUUUUUUCUCCCCUACAAUGGCCUACAGUCAUCCGAACAGCAAAAAAAACUGGAAAACCAUUUAAAUAAAACGAGCUUACACACACAGAUUUUAU